GUGAAUGCAUUUAUUUUCAAUAUAACGUCUGAUUGAUAGGAUUUGAUUCCUUACGACGGAUUUAAAGAUGCUUGGGGAUGUGUUCUCACGACGCCAACUCAAGACAUUGCUUUGCAUUACAAGCUUGGCUCUCUUCAUCUCGGCUGCAAAUCUGUACAUCAGUAAGGAGCUGGUGCUCCAGGCGUUGCGGUUCUUCCUGAGCCUGACCUUCAGUGCGGGGCCUCAGGACUUCGACUCCGACCUUCCCGCGACAGGAGCCUACGACUUCAUCGUUGUUGGUGCGGGCGCCGCGGGAUGCGUGGUAGCGUCGCGCCUCUCGGAGACCAGCGCCCGCGUGCUGCUGCUGGAGGAAGGGCCGUCGGCCACCCUGGAGACCGCAAUACCCAGACUGGCGUUCCUCCAAUACGUCGCGGACAUGGACAACGUUCGCUGGAUUAAGACCGCCUCACGUGAAAACUCCUUAUUGGGACUCAAAAACCAGACCAUCCCGAUGAUCGUGGCACGCGUGAUGGGUGGCGGUACGACCAUCAACUUUGGGCUCUACGUCCGCGGCGCCAAACUCGACUACGAUAACUGGAGCGCCCUCGGCAACCCAGGCUGGGACCAUGCGUCGCUCCUGCCUUAUUUUAAAAAAUCUGAGGACUUCAGAGGAACAAAAACAAAACACUCAGAUGAAUACCACGGCAAAGGAGGGCCUAUGCUCGUCGACACCACAAGCGAGGUCUCCAAGAUGGAAGAAUUUAUCCGUCCCGUCGCUGAGGAACUGGGACUCGACAUUAUAGACCCCAACGGCCCAGAUAACAUAGGAUUUGCCCCAGUUCAUAACACUGUGUGGGGCGGUGUGAGGGCUUCUGCAUCGGAAGCUUUCCUGAGGCCAGCCAUUGGCAGGAAGAAUCUACACAUCUUACCUGGCGCCAGGGUUGAUAAGAUACUCUUUAACCGAGAUAAGAAAGCGGUGGGAGUUCAGUAUACUUUCAAAGGAAAGAACCAAAUAGUCGAUGCUCGGAAAGAAGUGAUCCUAAGCGCCGGCACCGUUCUGACUCCAAAACUUCUUAUGCUUUCUGGAAUCGGACCAAGGAAAGUACUUGAGGAAUUGGGGAUUGCAGUGGUAUCUGAUGUAGAAGGCGUUGGGCAAAAUAUGGACGCUCAUUUGCACUUGGGACUGAAUUGGAAGAUCAAACCCGGACUGUCUUACACAAUGGGCGAUUUCCUCAAUCCUCUCAACGUCGCCAGAUAUAUCAAGGACCAAACAGGUUUUUAUUCACUGCCGCACUCUGCACUGAUGCACACCUACCUCAACCUCGGAGGAGGAGACCCGCGUAGGCCAGAUGUCGACUUGUACAUGUCACCUUCCAUCGGCUUCGCAAUCCCAUUCUACACUGAUGAGGUUAAUACUCAGACUAUUGGUCCACUGAUCAACGAACCCGUCCUCAACGUGUUUGUGAUGCUCUGUCGCCCUAAAAGUAGAGGAUAUAUCACCAUCACAUCGCCAGACCCCGCCGAACCUCCUGCUAUCAAACACAAUAUUUACGAUCAUCCUGAUGACAUCAAACUGCACGUGAAGGCCAUCAAAGAGUUGCACCGCAUCAUGGAUUCCAAAGCCAUGAAGAAAAUACUGGAUCAACAGCCGGAUUUGACGUUGAAGGCGUGCGCGCAUUUAGGCAACAAGACCGACGGCUACUGGGAGUGCUACGCCCGCCACAUGGCGCUGCCCAACGAGCACUUCUGCUGCACCGCAAAAAUGGCACCGCCGACCGACCCAAUGGGCGUUGUGUCUCCCAGGCUCAGCGUGCGUGGAGUGUCGGGCCUUCGUGUCGUGGACGCCUCGGUGAUGCCGGAGGUGGUCUCCACCAACACCAUGGCUACCGUUUACGUCAUUGCCGAGAAAGCCUCUGACAUCAUCAAACAGGAUUGGGGACUUGAAAGCAGCACAAAAACUAUACAAUCUUGAAAUACUAUUUGAAAAAAGCUGCACCGAGAUGAACCUUCUUUUCCUAUUCCUUAUGUUGCGAAGUAUCGGCAUUUACAUGUUGCAAGUUUGGGGACAAGAUCUUCACCAUAUGAGGUGCCUUAAACAUAAAUAGAGAGCAACGAGUUCAGAGGGCUUAUCAAUAACUAUAUAUUUAGAAAUUCUCCGAGUGAUUCACCCGGCUACCCCUAUCAAAAAUCUUCGUGGACUACUUAGGCUUCAGCCGAAUAGAAGCAACACAAUAGGCGCAAAAGUAUUCUGGGUCUGCUUGAUCACCCGAUUUAAAUCACUUUCUGUCAGAAUCUCCUUUCUGACUAUGUAAUCGCCGCGGAGUAGGAUAAGGGUAGGUCGAGCCUAGUCAUACCGAGCUAGAAAGCUGCCCAAAAUCUACUCCUAAAACCAUUAACCGAAGCUGACAUGGAGUGGCUAAUUUACGAGCCCCCGUGUCCUAGCCAGCAUCUAUUUCUAAGCAGAAAUAAAUUUUUGCGUCAAAAUUUUGUAAGGGACUCCACCUAGUGAGAUUUAUUCAUUUAUAUCCUAAAUUAGACGUAGUGUAGCACUAUCUGUAAGUUUUUCGUGAUGUUUUCGUCGUUCAUGGAAGUUUGAAGCCUCUAUUCUAGAUGACGUCAUGUUUAACUUUCUUUGAUCAUUGCUCCAGAAUCUUUACGGACACAGUCAUAAACACUCAUCGUUCGCCAAGCGAAAAUCUUAUGGAAUGCAACUGCCAUCCAAUGAUAGAGAAAAAGAAUAAUAAUUAUUAUCAUUAUUAUCAAUAUUAUCUAUUCUAGGCAAACUUUCUAUUUACCCGCCAUCAUCGAACACGGGCGAGGCAAAAAUUCUCCCGACUAGUUAGGACAUUGAUAGAAAUUUCUGUGUAGUCGAUGUAAGGUUGUUGUCAACUCAUCCGUAUGACCGGCAUCUCAUUCAUAUCAUUUGGCCCAUAUCACUCUUAUUCACAACUGAUAUUAGUUGAGUUCGUAGAGUGGCAUACUUUUUUGGUCCAUACUAACUCUUUCGUGAACCACAUAUAUUUGAAUCGUACCAGACAAACGGUGAAACCUAAUGCACACUGAAAGUUUCGUUGCUGUAAAGUAAAAUUGCAAUCAUUGUACGAUUAAAUUCGAAAAAAACGUUUGUAAUUUAGAAAUUAAAAGUUUGAUCUAUAACCUAAUUUGAACAACACAGCAAAAAAGUUAAAACUAUCUAUUCUCCAUAUUUAAUUUGAAGUCAGUAGGGAAUAGACUUGCUUUGAUAUUUAUUUAUACGUCUUGACCACGUUGUAUAAAAUUUAAGGUAAAUUGAAAACAAAGGCGAACGCGAAAACUCAAGAGAGAGAUCGAGUGCCAUAAUAUCUGUUGUGAACGCAACAUUUGCUUUAGAGUAGUAGCUUAAUUCCGUGGUCUUGCGGAACAUUUUCGCUCAUUAGCCACUUGUCACCUGCAGAGUAAAGACCGAACUAUCAGGAACGAAUUUUGGUAAGCCUAGUUCUCUUGUUUGAAUAUUUCUUU